AUGUCAGGAAUUGUGAGGAGUAAUGGACGUCCCGAACCGGAGGUCAUCGUAAACUUCGCCGAUGGACACGCGUACUCGAAGGGAAAGAUGGAAGACGCAUUCCGCAAUGGUUUCCUAGACAAGCCCGCAGCGAAGCCCAAAGAAAGCACUACGCUCAAGCGGGAAGACGUCGAUCUGCUGGUGCACGAGCUGGAGAUUACUCGGAGUCAGGCUGAGAAGCUGUUGGUCGAGAAGAAUGGCGAUGUAAAGCUUGUUCUACAGGCCUGGAUCGAACCCAGUGUAUAA